AAUACCAUAAGUUUAUUGAACCAAAAAAUGGCACCAUUAACACCAAAAUCCAAUGAUAAUGAGGACCCUGAGGAAAACCAAGCUCUUAAUAAGCUUGAAUCAGCAUGUUCUGAUUUAGAAUCUUUCCUCAGAGCAACAGAGAUCAUGGAACACAACCUUGUAACCAUGGAAACUCGGUUCGAUCUCUUACAAGGAUCUUUAUCCAAUGCAUCCAGAAGGAUCACACCUUUGCAAUCCUUGGCCAUGUCAAGGAAAGCACUUGAAACAAGGAUCAACCGAGCCGUUUCGCCGGCGCUGGAGCUCAUCGAGACCUUUAAGGUCGCCGAGUCCCUCCAGCACCGGAUUCUUGACCUCUCAGCCAAGCUCUUGGCCGAAAGGACACAGCAGAAGAGGCUCCAGAAGCUUCUAGAAUACGCCGAUUGCGUUGAUAGGUUAAACGAGGCGAUUAACUCUAUAUGUCAAGUUGGUGAGGGUGUCAUUUUGAAGCUUCAAGAGGUUGUGGAGUUCAUAAGCAGAACAAAGGCUGCGGAUCAAUACAGGACACAAAGGUUGAGAGAGGCACUAGCCACACUGAAGGCACUGUAUGAAACUGAGGUGGAUGAGAUGAGAUUUGAAGGGUUACUAGACCAAGCUUUGCUUCAUAUGCAAGAUGAAUUUGAGGCAAUAUUAUUGAGCAUAAAGCAUAAGAACCUAGGAGAUAUGUCACAACUACAAUAUGAUGAUGAUGAAAAUAAUAAUGAUACUAACAAUGAACUUGUCAAUAACAACCUUGCUGCUUGUGAAUUGGGGUCAGAGCUUGAAGUUGAAGUCCUCAGAAGAAUUUCAUUCACUCUUGCUGCUAAUGAUUGCUUGGAUAUUUGCAUUGAUAUCUACGUCAAGGUGAGGUAUAGAAGGGCUGCAAAAGCAUUAAUGAAGCUAAACCCAGAUUACUUAAAAACAUACACACCAGAAGGAAUUGAUGAAAUGGAAUGGGAAACCUUAGAAUCAGCCAUAACCCUUUGGACCCAACACUUCCAAGUUGCUGUUAGAAAAGUUCUCAAGUCAGAGAAAUCACUCUGUCAAAGAGUCCUAGGCACAAUCAUGGAUGGACUAGUUUGGCCAGAAUGCUUUGUUAAAAUCUCAGACAAGAUCAUGGCCGUGUUCUUUCGAUUCGGCGAAGGAGUUGCGAGGAGCAGCAAGGAGCCGCAGAAGUUGUUCAAGCUUUUGGACAUGUUUGAAUCAUUGGAGAGGCUAAAAGAACAUGUGUUGGAAACUUUUGAAGGUGAAUCUGGUGUGGAUAUUUGUACUAGGUUUAGGGAACUUGAGAAGCUUAUUAUUGAUGCAUCAAGCAAAGUUUUUUGGGAAUUUGGAUUGCAAAUUGAAGGCAAUGCUGAUGGACUUCCUCCAUCACAAGAUGGUUCUGUUCCAAAACUUGUUAGGUAUGCAAUUAACUACCUAAAGUACCUUGCCUCGGAGAAUUACAGAACAUCCAUGGCUAAGGUUCUAAGAACAGAGCAAAUAUGGAAAAAUGGGAUACUGUCGAAACAAGAAACAGAUGAGAGUCUAUUGAAGAAUGCAAUUUCCAAUGUCAUGGAAGCACUUGAAAGAAACAUUGAAUCAAAACGUUCAAGAUGUAGGGACAAGAUCUUAGUGCAAGUUUUCUUGAUGAACACGUAUUGGUACAUAUACAUGAGGACCAAGAACACAGAACUUGGUGAGCUAUUGGGAGAUCAAUACAUGAAGAUCGGGUACAAAACAGUGGCCGAAGAAUCAGCUUACUUGUACCAGAAGCAAUCGUGGGGUGUUUUGGUGGCCAUUUUGGAUGGCGGCGAUGUCCAAGAACAUGGGAAGGAUAGCAUAGGAAGGUUAGUGAAUGAGAAGAUUGAGAGUUUCUUCAAGUGUUUGAAUGAGGUUUGUGAGAGGCACAUAAGAGGUGGUUAUAGCAUUCCGGAUUUAGAUUUGAGAGAACAAAUGAGAGAAUCCACUAUGAAGCUUGUUGUUCCGGUUUAUGUUGAGUUCUUGGAGUCUUACUCUGGAUUCUUGCAGAGGAAAAUGUAUCCCAGCCCCGAUAAGUUGCGAGGGAUGGUGAGGAAGGCUUUUGACGGCGGCGAGGGGAGGCCGAGGAGGCGCGGUUCGACUUCUAAUGAUCGGAAUGCCGGAGGGAACUCUGCGUCUCUAGAGGGUGAUAUAAGAGAUUUGAGACCAUCAAGAUCAAACAGUCAAGAUGUGUGAGGGAUAUAUGUGUUACUUUUCCAUUUAUGUUAAACAAUUUAAUGAAGGCAGAAAAUAGUCAAUUUC